GUUUAAAUGGUUUAAAAAUAAAUAAAUAAAGAUCAAAAAUUUCAAAAUAAUAAUUUUUAAAAUAGUUUCAAAAACAAAUUUGGAAAGAAAAUUUGAAAAAAAAAUUCAAAAAAAAUUAUAAAAAGUUUAAAUUUGAAAACAUAUAUUCUAAAACUAUACAACAUAUUUUUUACUAUUAUUAUUUAUUUAUAUUUAUAUAUAUCUAUAAACAAUGGUAUAAAAUUCUUUUGUCUCUUUAAUGAAACCUUUUUUAAUCAUUCUUUUUUUGAAACACACAUGAUAUUAAUUAAUUACCCGUUAGUUAUAAGCAUUAAAAGCUUCAUCAACUACCAGGGUUCAGACUACAAUCAAAGCAGUUUUUGCAAGCCUAUCAACCAUAAGGUUUCUCUCACGAGAGAUCCAGGCAAAAGACAAAUUGAAAACCUACAACAAGAGAUAAAAUAUCCGAGAAAACACUAUAGAGUUCAUGGGAAUAGCAGCAUAAUUGAUGGCCUUAAUAAGUUGCGCGGAGUCGGACUCCACUUGCAGUAUAUCAAUGUCCAACUCUAUGCAGGAAAGCAAGCUCACGACGGACAAGGCCCUCAGCCAACAUUGGCGUAGACACAUGAGACACCGUCUCCUUGAAAGAUAGAUUUGUAUAUGUCGAUAGAAUCACCCAGCCUAAACCUGAUAACCGAGGCGUUACCUGGGAAGGGGGUCUCGAUGUGUUGACGCAGGUGUACUAGGCCUUGUUCAGGUAUUUGGUCUUCCAUCCAUUCUCUGGCUAAAAAUAUUGUAGGUUCUUUUGAUGACAAUUUUUUUUAAAUGAGCUAUUUGAAAGAAUUGUCCAUAUUUAUAUAAUAAUAGAUUUUGAUUUACUUACGAAUAUUAUUUUUUUGUUUGGAUAGAUAUAUAAAAUAAAUGAAUAAUAAAAAUUUAAAAGUGCAUUCAGCCUAAUGCAAUUGGUCAAUAAUCAAUAAAUAAGAUGAAAAGAUUUUUAUUCCAAUAUAUAAGUAUAACCUCCAUGGGUAACAUAAGGCUACACUUUCUUAAUUGUAUAUGAAUAUUUCGUGGUUCUCAUGGAAAUUAUAAUAUUAAUUACCGACAAUCUUUCAACAAAAAUAAGUCAAAUUAGUUCAACUUGAAAGGUCUUUGCAGAUCUAGUAUGGAAGCAAAGGUGGUGGAUCUUAGCCUAGCGUCUGGGUAAUAUAAAUAAAGAUUUUCAUGUUUGAAACUAAUAAGAAUUAAUAAUAUACAUUUAAGCAUGUAGCAUUUAGCUUGAAAACUGGAAGUUGGGUGGGGUGACUGGAGUCAGAUUUAAAUUGGGUUAAAAAAAAUUAAGAACGUGGUCGGCUUCGAAUUUCGUGUCCCGCAACAGUCUCAUCUUGCGUAAGUGAUUGAAUAUAAAACGUGAACUGAACUAAUUUGAAAAUUUUAAAACACACAAAUAGUUCCAAACAAGGAAGGAGACUUCUUCUUCAUCUAGUUCAAAUGUUUCAGAGAUGGAACACAAAGAAGAGUCGGCUACCAGUGGCGGGUCUACUCUUCAUGCUCGCACUCGCCGUCACCUUUAUGGUUCUCUACGACGAGCGUAGCAUCCACCACGACAACACUAAUCGCGAGCAAGAUCUCCAAGAAACUUCCAUCCUUACAUCUUUCGUCCAUCCCAAUCUUCCUCCUCGGAAUGAUCUCGAGGUUUUGGAUAGAUUCAGCCGGUGCAACUCGACUAAUGAGUACAGUGGCAAGAAAAUCGGAUGGGUUGACCACCAAGGAUCAGACUUUGUUGCUGCUGCUGCAAAGGAGGAGGAGAACAUUUGUGAUGUCUUCUCUGGGAAAUGGGUCUUUGAUAAUUCUUCUUCAUACCCACUACACAAGGAAUUUGACUGUCCUUACAUGUCUGAACAGCUGGCUUGUGAGAGGUAUGGCAGGCCUGAUUUGGAGUAUCAACAUUGGAGAUGGCAACCUCAUCCCCCCUGCAACUUGAAAAGGUGGAAUGUGACCGAGAUGUGGGAAAUGCUGAGGGGAAAGAGAAUGAUGUUUGUUGGUGACUCUUUAAACAGAGGCCAAUGGGUUUCUAUGGUUUGUCUCUUACAGUCUGUUAUCCCACGUGACAAGCAAUCCAUGUCAACUAACGCUUCCCUCACCAUCUUCGAGGCUCAGGAUUACAAUGCCACGGUGGAAUUUCUGUGGGCUCCAUAUCUCGUGGAGUCAAACUCUGACGACCCGGUCAAUCGAAAGCUAGAUGAACGGAUUAUCCGACCAGAUUCAGUUCUCAAACAUGCAUCAAUGUGGCAACAUGCUGACAUCUUAAUCUUCAACACAUACUUGUGGUGGAGGCGACCGCGUCCUGUCAAGCUCCAAUGGAGCAGCAAAGAAAAAGGAUCGUGCGAGGAGGUGAAGGGCGCGGAGGGAAUGGAAAUGGCUAUGAAUACGUGGGCUCAUUGGAUUUCCAACAACGUCGAUCCAAACACAAAGCGGGUCUUCUUCGUUACAAUGUCUCCUACACAUAUAUGGAGCCGAGAGUGGAACCCGGGAAGCGAGGGAAACUGCUACGGGGAGAAGAAGCCAAUCGAGGAUGGGAGUUAUUGGGGUAGUGGGUCAGAUAUUCCGACAAUGAGGAUGGUGGAGAAAGUGUUGAGGAGAUUGGGACCAAAGGUUUCUGUUCUCAACAUCACACAGUUGUCUGAGUAUCGUAAAGAUGGUCAUCCCUCUGUGUACCGCAAAUUCUGGGAACCUCUAAACGAUGAAAUGUUGAAAAAUCCGGCAUCUUAUGCGGAUUGCAAUCAUUGGUGUGUACCUGGAGUUCCUGAUGUCUGGAAUCAAUUGCUUUUCCAUUUUCUGUGACCAUUACAAAAUCCUCGAGAUAGUUUUUUUUUGUCCUGAUGUUGUUUUCGUUUUUAUAACACACAAUCUUUCGAUUCCAUAUUAUGUAAAUCGUAGAACUCAAAGUUCAGAGUAUACAUUGUGCUCUGACAAUAUAAAGCAAAAAUCAGGUCAAAUAUCCGUGAUAAAUUGGCUACAUGUAACACUAUGCAAAGAUGGGUUCACUAAUACGAAUAUAAUGUGGCAAAAUAAGCAAGCAGCAGCGUUAGACAACUUAAGACUUAACAAGAAAACUGUGAAGAGAAAAGAUACGUGUAAUUGUUCACCGACCCUGAGCAUGUAGAAAAAGCACUGAUUAUAAAUAGAACUCUCUGCAUAACACUAUCUCACCAAUAGUUCAUUCUAUUUUUUUUUCAUUCAAAAAAUAAAGAAAUUUUAUAAUAUAAUUGAAUUAUAUUCUAAUGAUAUUCUAUUUUAGAUG